AGCAAUUACAAGGUACGUUUACGGUUUUGUGAGAUAGAAUAAACUACGGUUCAGUCUCAAGACGUUCCUGAUGCUUGUCGCGUUUUGUAAAGGCUGGUUUUUCCUUCUGUGAACUCAAGGUCUGUUGAGUGUUUGUCAGAAAUUCAGGAAUGACACCAAUGGAAGCAGAACGUAAGUUUUUACUUCCUAAAACCUCGCGAGAUGGAGAAGAAACAUUUCCUCCGCAAAUCAAGUCUAGUUCGCAUUUCACACAAUCUUGUGAACUUGAUGAUCUGGACACGCUGAGUAUCUCGAGUCGGACGUCUUCUCAUAGAGACGAAUAUGGACUUUCGGGCACAGGAACACUGACGGAGUUAUCCAUUACUCAAGAGAGUGACACUGCGGCUUCCUUGUCUACCAUUGUCAACGGUGAUAUUCCAUGCAGCGGUGACACAACGGCUUCUGGUGAGCAUUUACCUAAUACAAGCGAUAUUAUUCUUCCUGCUGAGAAAAUAGCUUAUGCCGGUAUAUGCAGACUCGUGCUGUCAUCAAUGGUGGAUCGAUUGGCAUAUUUGCAUCGACUUCCAUGGUACAAAGGCGAAUGCAAAAAUGCGCUAGAGAGUUUUAUCCUCUGGUCCGAAUCGUUGAUUGAACAGAUAUUCGAGCACCUGGAGCUGAGUGCCGAAGAACAGAAGAUGAUAAACUCUUUACAGAGGCACGGUAUCAGACCUUCUGACCUGGCGCCACAACUUACCCAAUGUCGUCAAAUUGGAACGCUACAUUCUCUCACUGAGAAUGGUUCUGAUUUAUUCACCAACACUUCCAUCACAGAUGAUUCAAGUGAAAUUAAUGUUCGGUGGACAGUCAUUUUUGAUUUGUUCGUCUUAUUGUUAUCCAAAUUUAACUAUGACUCUCGUUCUAAUGCUUUCCUAAACAAAAUUGGAUCGUAUCUUGGGGCAUCGGUGAUAGAAGUCACUAAGUUUCAGAACAAGGUCAUAAACAUAUUCAGAGUUUAUCAUAAGGAAACGCCAACUGAUACGGUUGCUCCUCCUACUGCCUUGACAGCUGUAAUGAAGACACGUUCUGCUUCAAAUCGGAAGCAGCGUUAUGUGAUGAUGGGGUUGGCGACCCUUGGCGGAGGUCUUAUAAUUGGACUUUCUUCUGGACUGCUUGCGCCAAUUAUUUCAGCUGGAAUCAGUGCUGCUUUUUCAACGGUUGGUUUGACUAGCGUGGCUGCAUCGAGCUUUUUCACGACUGGAGCCAGUGCCGCCAUGGUCACGACUGGCGGCGUAAUAGCCGGUGGUCAUCUUGGAUGCAGUGGAAUGAUGCAUAGAAAAGCAGACGUAAAAACCUUUGAGUUUAAACCUUUGUAUGAUAACAAACGUUCAUCACUACUUUUGACUAUUUCCGGAUGGAUGUCAAAUGCCGAUGAAGAUGUUCGUCUCGGUUUUUCUACUUUGAGUGACAUGACUGAUGUUUACUCCCUUUAUUGGGAGCCGGAGAUGCUACAAUCUGCGGGACAAACAAUUAACCUGCUUGCAACGGAAGUUCUGUCCAAUUCUCUUCAACAACUUCUCGGCGCAACAAUGUUUGUUUCCCUCAUUGGUGCACUCCAAUGGCCCCUCAUUCUGACGAAAUUAGGCUAUCUCAUCGACAAUCCUUGGAAUAAUUCUCUUGACAGAGCAAGAAUAUGUGGCUAUAUACUUGCUGAUAUGUUGACAAUUCGUUUCUUAGGGCGCAGACCAGUGUCACUUAUUGGGUUUUCAUUGGGUGCCCGCGUUGUGUAUUAUUGCCUUAAAGAACUAGAACGGAGAAAGGAAUUUGGCGUUGUGGAGAACGUUUUCAUUUUUGGAACGCCUGUCAUUUAUAAUCAAAGUUCUUGGGUCAAAGCAAUGUCAGUUGUUUCGGGCCGUUUCGUUAACGGUUACAAAAAGAAUGAUUGGAUUUUGGGUUACUUGUUUCGAGCCACUUCAGGAGGAGUUGGUACUGUUGUUGGACUUCGCAAUAUUGAUGAUAUUCCGGGAAUGGAGAACAUGGAUGUUACGGAUUUGGUCGAUGGUCACCUUGGGUAUAAAAAGGCGAUGCCUAUGUUAUUAGCGGAACUCGGUUUUGAGUUAACAAGCGAUAAUGAACACGGCAUUAUGGACCCAGAAGUGGAUGCUGAUCUGGAACAACAGCGUGAACGACAACGAGAGCUUCUUCGUGACAUUGAAAUUGUCAAAUGUCAAAACAAGCAACGGGAACUUGCCAAGGAAGCCGUUAAGCACGAUCCCACAAAGAAAAAUAUAUUCUUUAACCCCAAUAAGAUUCGGAAGUUUCUUGAAAAGAAUCGUGAGAAGAACCUUAAAAAGAACAAAUGACAAAAUCAACAUCAUUUGUUUUCACACAUUUUUGUAUUAUUUAUUGCGCCAUACAUCAUUUUCAUUCAAAUAUAAUAAUAUUACCUACUUCGUUACUCAUCAUUUACUUAGAGCAAUAACAUUCUGUACAUUCUUCUUCGCAGA